ACUCAGUGGUAGAUCAUUUGCCUAGCACAUGUGAAGCACUGGGUUUGAUCCUCAACACCACAUAAAAUAAUAAAAUAAAGGUAUUGUGUCUAUCUUACAACUAAAAAUAUUAAAAAAAAAAAAAGAUUCAUUAGAAGAGCACCUAAACAGGUCGGAAAUUAAGAACUUAUUUACCCCGUUGUUCAAAUAAUAAUUAACACAAUGAUGCCCAACAUCAUUUGAAGCAUUUAUAGGUAUGUUAAUCCAUUUAUUCCUCACAAUAAUUACCAUGAGGCAGAUACUCUUGUUCUCAUUUUACAAAUAGGAAAAGCAGAGAAGUCACUUGCCAAAGAGAAUACAGUAGGGCUGGAGUUGUGGCUCAGUAGAGUGCUGGGUUUGAUCCUCAGUGUUGGGUGUGUGGGAGACCUUGCCUUUUGGUUUCAUUUCCCCCUUCCGGGUUUCUCCCACUGAACUUAAGUUUCUGUCUCUUGAGGAGAGAGGCUCAGGCUGCUGCUCUCUUCCUCUCCUUUUCUUAGGGCAGCCGCCCCCCCACCCAAUAAAAUCUCUUGGUUGAAUUUUCGUCUCCGGUGAGUCACUCGCCUUUAACUCAGCAUCACACAAAAAUAAAGCAUACAAUUUGAUGUUUUUUAAAAAAGAAUAUCAUUAAUAUAAGUGCUGGAGCUGAGAUUCAUAUAUCUAGGUGGUCUGACUCUAGAGUAUAAGUAAAUCAGAAACAUGAUAUAUGGUUAUAUAAAAGCAUGAGAUAUUUGUUUUAUAGUAUUUUAAAAGCUUAGGAGCCAAAGUUCCUAUAGUGACAUAAUGUUUUCGUUUUUAUAUAACGUAUAGCUUUGAAUACAAUUGAAUAUGGAGAGGCUUUUUUACUUAUAUAAGGUAAAAAAAACUACUAUAUGGGAGAGUCAGAAUUCAAAAUCUGAUAGUCUGACCUCUGAAUUGAGACAUUGGGCAAAAAAGAAGUAGCUGGAGAGGUUUGUGAAUAAAAGACCAAAUAUCAAAAGCUAUUGUGUUCCCUGCCAAUGAGACCUUGGAUCCUUUAGGACUUCACUAGCUCAGAUUCGCAUAUUGAAAGAUCACCCUGGAGCUCGGCCGCCAGCUCCGGCCUCGGCUCCCCCUCAUAGAACCCCCUCCCCGGAGUGGAGCCCACCGGAGGGUCCCACCCCCGCCCCUCUGCCCAACGGCCGCCAGAACAGCAGCCCCGGGGGGCAGCCCCCACCAGCCUGCCUCCCUCCCUCCAGCUCAGCCCUGCCAGAGCCCGCCCAGCCAUGAAUCUCUUCCGAUUCCUGGGAGACCUCUCCCACCUCCUAGCCAUCAUCUUACUACUGCUUAAAAUCUGGAAGUCCCGCUCGUGUGCCGGGAUUUCAGGGAAGAGCCAGGUCCUGUUUGCUGUGGUGUUCACUGCCCGCUACCUGGACCUCUUCACUAACUACAUCUCACUUUACAACACGUGCAUGAAGGUGGUCUACACAGCCUGCUCUUUCACCACGGUCUGGAUGAUUUACAGCAAGUUCAAAGCCACUUACCAUGGGAACCACGAUACGUUCCGGGUGGAGUUCCUUGUUGUCCCCACAGCCAUCCUGGCAUUCCUGGUCAACCACGACUUCACUCCUCUGGAUAUCCUCUGGACCUUCUCCAUCUACCUGGAGUCGGUGGCCAUCUUGCCGCAACUGUUCAUGGUGAGCAAGACUGGCGAGGCGGAGACCAUCACGAGCCACUACCUGUUUGCCCUGGGCGUCUACCGCACCCUGUAUCUCUUCAACUGGAUCUGGCGCUACCACUUUGAGGGCUUCUUGGAUCUCAUCGCCUUCGUGGCUGGCCUGGUCCAGACUGUCCUCUACUGCGAUUUCUUCUACCUCUGUAUCACCAAAGUCCUAAAGGGGAAGAAGCUAAGGUUGCCGGCAUAGCCCUGGUCCUCACCAGCCCUCUCCUUGGCAGUGUCGGGAGGCAGAGGAAGGUGACAGAAGACGAGCCUUCCAGUCCAGGGGUGACUUUUUAAAGAAUCCAUCUCUCCCUGCUCCCCAUACCCACUCCUACCGGGCUGGGGUGGGGGGCAAUGGAGGACCCAAGUCUUGGGGAGCUCAGGACCUGGGCUGUUUGUAGUUUUUUGCCUUUUAGAGAAGAAAAAAUAAAAAAUCUUUCCACUAUUUA